AGAUUGUCCUUAUGCGCGUUGUCGUUAUGUCCUUCAUCAGUAUCCGUAGCUCCAUCCAUGCCACUUUGUGUACAAAGCGAAAGGGCUUUACAUGUUAUUCACAGGUUGUAACUUAAUAUUUUGAAGAUUAACUGAAGCCGCUCUUUCAGUUUUGUCACCAUGUCGGACAAGAGCGAGCUGAAGGCGGAGCUGGAGCGUAAGAAGCAGCGCCUGGCUCAGAUCAGGGAGGAAAAGAAGAGGAAAGAGGAGGAGCGAAAGAAGAAAGAGGCCGACCAGAAGAAGGAGACACUGCCAGCCCAGGAUGACUCUGACCUGGAGAAAAAAAGGAGGGAGGCUGAGGCUCUGCUGCAGAGCAUGGGGAUCACCCCGGAAGCUCCUGUUGCUUCCGUCCAGACGUCCCAACCCCUGCGGAUAGUAACGGCAGAUACCUGUCUCUUUCACUAUCUAGCCCCCCCGCCCACAUCCCCCACCGCCAAGUCUGCGGGCACGCCCAGCGAGGCGGGCAGCCAGGACUCCAGCGACGGCGCCGUGGGGCCCAGGACUCUGCACUGGGACUCGGACCCCUCCACUCUCCAGCUGCACUCUGACUCUGACCUGGGACGGGCCGCCGUGAAGCUGGGCAUGGCCAAGAUCGUCCACGUGGAUUUCCCUCCCCGCGAGACUGUGUCCUACACAAAGGAGACGCAGACCCCCGUGAUGGCACAGGAGAAGGAAGAUGAGGAUGAGGAGGAGGAGAUACCCCACCCCACGCCAGUGCUGCAAGCCCAGGAGGAGAAACCAGACCUGAAGGAGGAAGAAGCAGAAGCGACACCCCACGAACUCACCGAGGAGGAGAAGCUGCAGAUCCUGCACUCAGACGACUUCGUGACCUUCUUCGAGCAUAGCAGCCGUAUCGUGGAGCGCGCCCUCUCCGAGCAUGUGGACGUUUUCUUUGACUACAGCGGGAGGGACCUGCAGGAGAAGGAUGGAGAGAUCCAAGCAGGGGCCAAGCUGUCUCUCAAUAGGCAAUUUACAGACGAGCGCUGGUCCAAGCAUCGUGUGGUCACCUGUCUGGACUGGUCCCCUCAGUACCCAGAGCUACUGGUCGCCUCCUACAACAACAAUGAGGACGCUCCCCACGAGCCUGACGGCGUCGCCCUCGUGUGGAACAUGAAGUACAGGAAGACCACACCCGAGUACGUGUUCCACUGCCAGUCUGCCGUGAUGUCCACCACCUUCGCCAAGUUUCACCCCAACUUGGUAGUGGGGGGCACCUACUCAGGCCAGAUUGUUCUGUGGGACAACCGUAGCAACAAGAGGACGCCCGUGCAGAGGACCCCUCUGUCAGCUGCUGCGCACACGCAUCCCGUCUACUGCGUCAAUGUGGUGGGCACGCAGAAUGCCCACAACCUGAUCAGCAUCUCCACGGAUGGAAAGAUGUGCUCCUGGAGCCUGGACAUGCUCUCCCAGCCUCAGGACAGCCUGGAGCUGGUGUUCAAGCAGUCCAAAGCAGUGGCCGUCACCGGCAUGUCCUUCCCCCUUGGAGAUGUCAAUAACUUUGUGGUGGGGAGCGAGGAUGGGUCCGUCUACAUGGCUUGCCGUCAUGGCAGCAAAGCGGGCAUCAGUGAGAUGUUUGAGGGCCACCACGGGCCCAUCACAGGGAUCCAUUGCCACACAGCGGCCGGGCCCGUCGACUACUCACACCUCUUCGUUACCUCAUCCUUCGACUGGACCGUGAAGCUUUGGAGCACCAAGAACAACAAGCCGCUGUACUCCUUCGAGGAUAGCUCAGACUACGUAUAUGACGUUAUGUGGUCCCCCACCAAUCCCGCACUGUUCGCCUGCGUUGAUGGGGUGGGCCACCUCGACCUGUGGAACCUCAACAAUGACACUGAGGUGCCAACUGCAAGUAUCUCGGUGGAGGGAAGCCCUGCUCUGAACCGAGUCCGGUGGACCCAGUCUGGGCGGGAGAUCGCUGUGGGAGACUCAGAGGGGCAGAUCCUCAUCUAUGAUGUUGGGGAGCAAAUUGCCGUUCCUCGCAACGACGAAUGGAGCCGCUUUGCCCGCACGCUGGCAGAGAUCAACGACAACCGCGAGGAUGCCGAGGAGCUGGCGGCCCAGAGGCUGGUGACCUGAUCCGCUGUGGGGGGGAACUGACAUCAGUGGGUCUUCAGGGAAGAAUGUUUUCAGAAAUUAAAAGGCAAAAAAAGUGAUAUGCAAACUUAGGUAUCUUAUUUGCUAGUCAGUCCGAUCUGGAAUACAGCCGUUUACCUCAAAUGAUCUUUUUUUACUCAAAUUUUUUAAAACCUUCAAAAGGACAGACCCUACGCCUUAAAACUGCGUGUCUGUUAUGUUCAGUGUUAAGGUUGCUGUCAUCACCCUCCACGUUCAAUGCAUCACCCCAUCCUCUGAGGAGCACCCCUGUUUCCCAGUCACCCUAUUGACAUUCCACACCUGCAUUUCAGCUACAUUCAUUCACUGUACUGUGGUGUUUGACAAGGUGUAAUAAUUCCUUCAUUUUGUGUGAAACUGAAGUGUUCUUGUCAUUAAGUUAUUUCCCUGCCGUAGACAUUCUCAGUAGUAUAAAUUCAUCCAGGACCAAAGGCCCUUAAUAAACAAGAGAAGGAUGUUGUACAGACAUGUUAGACCAUAGGACCUUUUUUUUAUUUGAGGUGGAUAGAAUAAAAUAAGACAUUAUACACUUAAAUUGCUAAUGAUGUAAACAAUGGUUUUCCUCCCUGUAAGACUUUCUUUUGCACAUCCCACUGUGUAAUGAACAUCAAAACCUGCUUCUUCCAGCAAGUUAAACUGUACUGAUUAUUUCAAUAAAAUGCAUUAAAUUA